CCGACGUGCUUCGGUGUAUCGAGAGUGUUCCGCAUCGGACCGGUUUUCUCAGUUACACACACGGAUACGCUAGGAAGGGGUUCGUUGUCUUUCUCACUCCGUUGUACGCCAGUGCUCGUCCAGUAGUAAAUUAUUAACUCGUCUUGACUGUUUUAAUUGAGAAGGACCACAGCGUUAAAAUACUCGCACAGUAUUCACAUUCAGAAAACAGCCGGGAAGUUUGGGAAGUCCAGAUGCAGUCAAAUGAUGACAGUGGGGUGCUGAACGUCAGCGGCUCUGGCGAGGAAAACUACUUCCUCAGCUACACCUUCACGGACCGGACCCACUCGGGCCGGGUGGUGAAGAGCAUCAUGGACCUGUGCCUGGAGGACGGGCUCUUUGCUGAUGUCACCGUCUCGGUGGACGGGAAGGAGUUCCAGCUGCACAGGCUGGUGCUGUCGGCUCAGAGCUGCUUCUUCCGCUCCAUGUUCACCUCCAACCUGAAGGAGGCUCACAACCGCAGCAUCGAGCUGAAGGACGUCAGCGCCCCUGUCUUCCAGCUGCUGGUGGAUUACAUCUACCACGGGACCAUCAAGCUGAGGGUGGAGGACUUGCAGGACACCUACGAGAUGGCCGACAUGUACCAGCUGACCGCGCUGUUUGAGGAGUGCUCCCGGUUCCUGGCCCGCACGGUGGAGGUGAGGAGCUGCCUGCAGGUGAUGUGGCUGGCUGACCAGCACAGCGACCAGGAGCUGUACACCGCAGCCAAGCACUGCGCCAAGAUCCAUCUGGUGCAGCUCCACCACACAGAGGAGUUCCUCAACCUGCCUCUCCGCCUGCUCACCGACAUCAUCAAGGAUGGUGUUCCAAGCUCACAGAACCCGACCGUUGCAAUAGAGACAUGGAUAAACCACAGUAAAGAAGAAAGAGAGGGUUACUCUGUCAUGCUGCUGGACAGCCUUAAGGAGAUUGGUGAAAACGUGCACAUCUAUCUGAUCGGGAAGGAGGAGACGCGCACGCACUCCCUGGCCAUGUCCCUGCACUGCACGGAAGACGAUGUCAUCAGCGUCAGUGGGCAGAACAGCCUGUGCCACCAGAUCACUGCAGCCUGCAAGCACGGGGGCGACCUGUACGUGGUUGGGGGCUCCAUCCCUCGCCGCAUGUGGAAGUGCAACAUGCAGACCAUGGACUGGGAGCGCUGCGCCCCGCUGCCCCGUGACCGGCUGCAGCACACCCUGGUCUCUGUGCCGGGGGAGGAUGCCAUCUACUCCCUGGGCGGCAAGACGUUGCAGGACAUCCUGUCCAACGCAGUGAUCUAUUACACUGUACAGGACAACAUGUGGACCGAAACCCGCCAGCUUGACACUGCUGUGUCUGGAGCAGCUGGGGUUAACCUGGGUGGCACCAUCUACCUGCUAGGUGGAGAGGAGAAUGACAUGGACUUCUUCACUAAGCCCUCACGGCUUAUCCAGUGCUUUGACACGGCCACGCAGAAGUGCCACAUCAAGCCCUACGUGCUCCCCUUUGCCGGCUGCAUGCAUGCCACCGCCCACAAGGACCUGAUUUUUAUCGUGGCCGAAGGCGACUCACUGGUGUGCUACAACCCCCUGUUGGAGAGCUUCACCCGGCUGCGCUUCCCAGAGGUGUGGAGCUGCAUGCCCUCCUUCUGGAAGGUGGCAAGCUGCAACGGCUGCAUCUACGUCUUCAGGGACAAGUGUAAGAAGGGAGACGCCAACACGCUCAAGUUCAACCCCGCCACCUCCGUCGUCUCUGUUAUCAGGGGGAUCAAAAUCCUCCUGACGAACUGGCAGUUUGUGUUGGCUUGACCCCAUCUUAAUGGGAGGAAUUGUUACACCACCGAGCUGUUUUCCUGAAUCCAGGAGCUUAGUCUGAUUAACUGUUUGUUAGGUUCAGUUACAGGCAGAUUUACUUCCUCCAUAUGUCACACACCCCAACCCUCCCAUUGAGCAUAAUCAUUUAUUUUCAUCCCUGUCACUCCAACCCGUUGGUAGCUUAGUGUGUCUGGGGUGACUAAUUCAGUACAUUAAAUCAUACAACCUCAACACUUUGAUGCAAACUUCUGUGUAUUAUGGUAAUCCAUCAGCACUAAAAUCUGAGGCUUGUCAUUCGUGUGAUGUUUAUAAUUUACCAAUAUUCUCUUGUAAGCAUCAUUAGGUUGUUUAUGUCAAUGUACUCUAGUGGCAGACCCUGUAUAUUUUUUUGUUUCUGUUUUCUCUCAUGAUUUUUGCAUAAUUUACUACAACUGCCUAAUGCAUCAUUAGAGCUAAGGAAAGACAAACAAGUGAGAUUACAAUAAAGAAGCACUUAGAACACA